CUUCCUUCUAUCCGCACCCUCUGCUUUCCUAUUGGCUACACGCCCGCUGUGCGGCGUCUUCGAUUGGUCGAACGGGCACGUCCCGCCCCGUUGCUAUAGUGACGACCCUCCCCUCCCGGCCCGCACCCCGCGCAGCGGCCUGGCCCGUGAGGGGAUGGAGGGGGGCGGUGGGGCCGCAGCCGAGCCCGAUGCGGGGCUGGAGCAGGAGCCGGAGCAGGCGUCGGAGCCGGCGCCGGGGGCCGGGUUGACGCUGGGGCCAGCGGCGGGCGCUCCCCUCGGUUACCUGCACGUCCUGUGGCAGCGGGAAGAGCCCACGGGCAAGAUCUCGGCCCGCCGCCUGCGCAGGGCCGCCCGUCUCCACCGCUGGCUGGGGCCUACGGGCAAGGAGACCCACGCUCUGAAAAGGUUGCGUGAAGCUGCCAAUAGCAAUGACUUGGACACAGUGCAGCAACUCUUGGAGGAUGGAGCUGACCCCUGUGCUGCGGAUGACAAAGGCCGGACAGCCCUGCACUUUGCCUCCUGCAAUGGCAACGAUCAUAUUGUGCAACUGCUUCUGGACCAUGGGGCUGACCCAAACCAGAGAGAUGGCCUGGGAAAUACCCCCUUACACUUGGCUGCCUGCACGAACCACGUUCCUGUCAUCACCACACUGCUGCGCGGAGGGGCCAGAGUUGAUGCCUUGGAUCGAGCUGGCAGAACACCGCUGCACCUUGCUAAAUCAAAGCUAAAUAUCCUGCAGGAAGGAAUCUCCCACAGCCUGGAGGCUGUACGCCUUGAAGUUAAACAGAUUAUCCAGAUGUUGCGGGAAUACCUGGACCGCCUGGGGAGGCAUGAGCAAAAGGAACAGCUGGAUGACCUCUGCUCCAGGUUACAGAUGACUAGUACAAAGGAGCAGGUGGAUGAGGUUACAGACCUCCUGGCCAGCUUCACAUCACUCAGCCUGCAGAUGCAGAAGAUGGAGAAGAGGUAAUGGGCUUUUAAAUCACAUCCUGAUGCAGCAGGAGAAGCCUUAGAGAGAAAUGGAAGCUGGAGCUUACUUCCCAGAAUGCUGAAGAAACACUGCUGCCAGUAGCCACUCCUGCCAGAUCUAGUGUCCGGUGGUGCUCAGACUGUUCCUGUUAGUGCUGCCACAGCUGCCUCAUGGGGAGGCAGCAGGCUUUGGACAACAGAGACCACAGAAAGCAGAGUGCUGCAUCUGAGACUCUGGGGAAAAAAAGAGCUGCUCUUUUUAUCAGAUGGCCUGGCACUGAAUAGGAAACCCCUUCCAGAGAUAUUUUGCCUUACCCUAAGCACUUCAGCUUAAUGUAGGUGGUGGCUGAUGCCAUGUGCAGUCACCAGCCCUGACUAGUGCUCUCGGCAGCUGGCCAGCAUCAUAGAAAUGCUUGGAACAGGCACCUUUUGCCAUCUCUGCAGUACAUGGGAGAAAGUAGAUGCCUUGGACAACAGAAGGCUUAGUGCCGGGAGAAGAACACACACUGAAUUCUGCAUGCUAGCAGCUGAGCAAACAUACUGCCUUGAGAAACAUGCACUGAGGCUUAAUCCUAACCUUUCCCAGAG